AGCGGUUGGUUUCUGCUAAGGCUUACUGAUGGCUUACAGAAACACAUGCAUGUGGGCAUGCUUUCCACCUACAGAAUUAGAGAAGGGUUGUGACUUGUGCAACCCUUGUUUAGAAAGAUUUAAGUGGAACUUGUGUAAGAAGAGUCUUUCUGUUGGGGAAGCUGGUAUCUUGUGGAGAUCAUAAUCUUAAAGUGGGAUUUGCAACAUCCACAGUCUCUGGUAUCCUGUCCCUGCCAGGAGCUGUGUAUCCUGCCUUGUGCCAGCAGAGGCCACAGUCACUACAGCUCCCGAAUAGUCAAUAACCUCAGUUUUUUCACUUCCUCAAGAGAAGUAUUCCUGGGAUAGGUGAAUUUUUGGAAGGGUGCUGAACAAGGAAUAGAUUGGGUGACUGAAACAGUUCUAGAGGAAGCCGAAGGAACUAAACUAGGGCGCAAGGGAAGCUGAGAGUAAUUAGAGAGACUCUAAGUUAACAAAAGGACGAACAUUUUGGGGAAGGGCGAGAGAGGAAGAAAUAAGAAGUGAAACAGUAAAGACAAAGAGGAAGAACAGUGCCAGGAGGGCUGGUCCUUGAAACUGCUGCAUGACGGGAGAAGCUUCUGGGAAGAGGCAACCUGGGCUUGGUCUUGUCUGCAAAUAUUUUUCACACAGUGGUGAUCACGGCAUCAAACUACAGCUGGAGUCUUAAUUCCGUGAAGAUACAGAGGAACUGUAGGGAACGAGACACUGAGGUGUGGGAUGACAUGGAGACAGAACCAUUUUGGACCUGAAGAUCCGAUGGUGCUUGUGGUGCCCCCCUGUGCUCCUCCAAGCUUGCGGAUAAAAGGACAGCUUGUGCCAGUGAAAUAGGCACAUUUUCUGAACUGUUACUAGCGUGUGCCUUUUGGAAGGAAUUUGUAUGCCUUGUUCUCUUGAAGGGACAUAAUCUUCCAUGAAAAUGCAUGUUAAAAACAUCUAGGGAGAGGGACUUUGGAGAAAGAGGAAAAAUCGUGCAGGGAGAAUCUGGUGACACAGCAGGACAGAUCUAAAUCCUGAUGUGAAAUGAGUACCGACUUCAACAAACUCCUUUUUGAUAUUUCUGAGGCUUUGGCCACAAGUGAACUGGCUGCUCUCAAGUUCCUCAGUCUGGAGUUCAUCCCUAUGAGCAGGCUGGAAGCCAUCCAGAGGCCACAGGACUUCUUCAAAGUGCUGAAGGAGAGAAACAUGAUAGAGGCGAGGAACCUGUCCUUCCUGAAGGAGCUACUCUUCCGUAUCUCUCGGAUUGACCUGCUGGAAACCCAUCUGGGCUCCAGCCGAGAGGAGAUGGAGAGAGAACUUCAGAUCCCAGGCACGGCAAAGGUGUCAGCCUACAGGCAACUGCUAUAUGGAAUCGCAGAGGACUUGACCCCAGAAGAUGUCAAGAAUGUGAAGUUCCUGCUCCAAGAACAAAUACCUAAGAACAAGCUCCAGAAUAAUGCUUCAAUGUUGAAGGUCUUACUGGAGAUGGAAAAAAAUGGGAUAAUUAAUGAAAAUGACCUGGCAGUGCUGAAAGAUAUACUCAAGAGAUUGAGAGCUGAUGUAAAGAAAAAAAUUGAUACUUACGAAGAAAAAAGAAAAGAAAAUGAUUCUCAGGAAAAGCUUCCCUAUCCAGUGCCUGUGUCUGGGCAUCCAGCAAGACAAGGAGCAGAGGGGGAGACACCACGGCUGCUUGUGGAAACAUAUAAGAUGAAAAAUAACCCCCAUGGUUACUGUGUGAUUCUUAACAACUACAUUUUUAAAAAUCCAUGUGAAAACAGAGAAGGUACAGUGAAAGAUGGAGAUGCUGUGAAGAGGGUCUUUAAUUGGCUUCAGUUUGAGACAAUUGAGCACAUGGAUCUAGAAGCAAAGCAAAUAUGGGAAAAAGUUAAAGAAUACAGCCAAAAAGAUCAUAGUAACAUGGACUGUUUUGUUUGCUUCAUUUUUUCCCAUGGUGAAAAAGACAAAAUAAAAGGCACUGAUGGAAGAGUUGUAAAUAUUAAAGAUUUACUCUCCUGCUUCAGUGGAUCUAAUUGUCCUUCUCUUGCUGGCAAACCCAAGCUGUUUUUCAUCCAGGCUUGCCAAGGCUCUGUAGGUCAUCCUGCUGUCGUAGUAGAAGAAGACUUUUCUGACCAUCUUGAGACGGAUGCUGUUCCUCUGACUUCCAUCCCUGAUCGGGCUGAUAUUCUGGUUGGCAUGGCUACAGUGGAAGACUGUGAGUGUUAUCGCUGUACAGAGACUGGCAGUAUUUACAUUCAAUGCCUCUGUGACAAGAUGGAGUUGCUUUGCCCACUCCGCAAGGAUCUCAUAACCAUCCUGACAGAAGUGAACAAGGAAGUGGGAAGAAAAGUAUUAAAAGGGUGGAAGCAGAUGCCAAAGAUAACAUCAACUCUACGGAAGCAAUUGAUCUUCCCAAUUCCACAGUGUCAAUCAGCUGAAAAGUAGAAAAAUAGGGAU